AUUGACACAAUGUAUUGCACUGUUGCCAACCGCUAGUCCAGAUGUUUCACGACGUGAUUAGUUGGAAAAAUUGUUAAUCUCUGCAACGCAUACAGAAAUAGGAUAACAGUGUCUUGUCUUCUUUAUUAUACUUAUAAAUAUCAUAAAAAUGAUUUGUUAUAUAUUUCUGGUUUCGAUACUUCUAAAUUCCCAAGGUCUCGUGUCGUCUACUCUUGAAACAGUGAACGACGAUGAUCUUCUAAAUCUUAUUAAAAGCGAAAAAUAUGUGAUCGUGCUUUUCACUAAAAAGAAUUGCGAGGAGUGUGACAACUUUGAAAAUGAAUUAAUUCAUUUAAGAGAAGAUCUGGUCGAUUCUUUGUCCUCGUGGGUUGUUAAAGCUGUCAAUAGUCAAUUGCUUCGUCUUUAUAGCCCUAAUAAAGAACCUGCUCUAGUAUUUUUUAGACAUGGCAUUCCUUUGUUAUAUGAUGGUCCUUUAAACGAUGAGGAAAUUCUUACUAUGUUUAUGGAAAAUAAAGAUCCAAUUGUAAAGGAACUAACAGAUGAUACAUUUGAACAUUUGACUCAAGCUAGCAGUGGUGCAACGACCGGUGAUUGGUUUAUUAUGUUUUACAGCACUGACUGUGUGGAAUGUCAAAGGUUGGGUGCCCGAUGGGAGACAGUUGGUGCAAAAUUGAAACAGAAACUGAAUGUUGCUCGUGUUAAUAAAUACACAACAGGUGCAUCAACUGCCAGAAGAUUUAAUGUGUUUGAAGUUCCAGAAUUUAUAUUCUUCAGACAAGGAAAGAUGUAUCGAUACCAAAUUCCAAGAUAUGAUGUCAAUUCUUUCGUAUCAUUUGCAAAGGAUUGGUACCGAAAUACUCAUGGAGAGAAAGUCCCUCAUCCUCAAAGUCCUUUCGAUGAUGUCACACAAAUGAUCGCAAACUUCCUUCAUGAAAAUCCUUGGGUAAUGAAACUUGGAAGCAUCAGUAUUGGUGUUCUGGUGAUUGUUUCGGUUGCAUCAAAGCUUAGAGGCAAAUCUGAGACCUCACGAAAAAAAGAUACAUAAAGAUAGUACAGUAAUAAAAACUAUGUAUAUAUGUACACAUUCCGCUUAAAGGGGUUGCUGUUAGAUUGACUUGGAUACAGUAAAGUCAUGUCAUCUUCCUAGCUGUGUAAAAAAUACAUGUGCAAUGUUUUAAAACAAGUGUAUGGCAGUUUUUCUAUAUGGUAUAUAAUAAAGAUUUUUUUUUACA